AUAAAUAUGAUUGUAUGAUAUGUUUGCCAGUAAUACAUUGGUCGCUGUUCAGAUGAUGAGAUAACUUAGGCCUACCUUAUAUUCGUUGCAUAAAACAUCAUGGGAUGUCGAACUUCGAAAAAUGCUAUCGUUGGUAGACGUGGCAAGAAAAACUACACCAUUUUCGUCAAAACUGGUGACCACCAGGGAGCAGGGACCAAUGCGAAUGUAUACGUUGUUCUCGUAAAUAAAAAAGGCACUCGAUCACACAAUAUUAAUCUUGAUUGUAUUUGGCGUGACGACUUCGAAUGUGGUAGCACUGACACAUUUCCAGUCAGCGGUCUCUCCAAUUUCGGAGACAUCACUGAUAUUGAAUUGUGGCGCACCGGGUAUAUCUAUGAUGCGUGGUAUAUCGAAUGGAUAGAGGUGCACAACAACAAAAAUAACAAGCAGUACAUAUUUCCGAUAGAUCGUUGGAUGACGUCAGAAAAGAGGAUGCGAUUUCAGGAAUACGAUUGCGUGCUGCCUCAAUUCUCCAAAUUCCCUCAACAGCGGAAGAAGGAACUCAAGAAAAAGAAAAGAGAGUAUGCGUUUGCUCCGGCAAUUGAAGGAUUGCCGUGCCAGGUAACAAAGCUUCCACGAGGAGAAAAUCUCUCUACUGACUACAAUUGGGAAUUCAUGAAUAUCCUAUUCAAAAACGUUACUAGCGGAAAGAUUAUUGAACUUACAACAUCAGGUUGGGAGAGCAUCGAUGAUCUUGGGAACGUCUACGAAAGCAAUACAUUUCCCGUGCCUUUAGGAAUGUACCACUGGAGAUCAGACGUUGAAUUCGGGAAGCAGCGAUUGACGGGUUGUAAUCCGGGUAUAAUACGACUGUGCACAGAAAUUCCAGAAAACUUUGCUGUAACCAACGAAAUGCUCCAACCGUUACUCGAAGAAAUGACGAUUGAUGACGCUAUUGAAAAGAAACGGUUGUUCAUUGUAGAUCUUAAAUUAAUGAAGAAUAUUAAGUGCACGGUCGAAACUAAUACGGUGUGUAGUCCCAUAGCCCUGUUUUUCGUUAACAAGGAUUUAACGUUGUUGCCGGUUGCAAUCCAACUAUUCCAAGACACAUCGGACGAUAAUCCGGUAUUUCUUCCGACAGACAAUGAAUACACAUGGAUGAUUGCAAAGAUGUGGUUUAACAACGCAGACGCGUCCUACCACCAAUCGGCGACACAUCUGGGAAUGACACAUCUCAUCGUGGAAAGUAUAGCGGCCGCGACGCACUGUUGCCUAUCUCCUUCACAUCCACUCUUUCGUCUAUUAGCGCCACACUUUCUCUAUGUAAUCAUCAUCAAUAAGAAUGAAAAGUUAGGAAUUAGGCCUAAGUUAGCUCUGGUCUGCGAAAAGGUACAGAAGUACGAAUAUACAUCAAAUAAAAUAUUGGAAGAUAACGAAUUACAAGAAUGGCAUAAGAUUCUAUCGUCACCAGUUAGCGAAGGAGGGUGCGGCAUCCAAGGCAUACCAGGGGAUGGUUCCUUCAAGACUGCAGAAGAAAUCAUACAAACUGUCACAUCUACGAUAUUUACUUGCAGUGUGUCGCACGCCGCGGUAAACUUCGGGCAAUACGAAAACUAUGGUUUCCCACCACAUUACCCGGCAUUCCUCAACGGACAACCGCCUACUAAUAAGGAACCGAAAAGAGAGGCGGAUGUACUCAAAUAUUUGCCAAGCAAGUCGAGCACAUUGACCGUUAUGGAAGUUACGAAACUGCUAAGUGUGAAAGGAACGAAUGGAUUGGGGAAUUUUGAGGUCAGCUACCAAUUCGAUCCAGUGGGGAAAAAAGCUGUUGAGCAGUUCAAAGAAGAUUUGGUGACGGUCGCAGCAACGAUCGAUCAGCGGAACAACGAGAGAGAGUCGGAGUAUAACUACUUGCAUCCAAAGCAUGUUCCAAAUGCUAUUAGCAUAUAGUUGCUCUUAAAUGGAAAGAUACUGAAAUUUGUAUACUGUAGAUAUCAUUAUGAUGUAGCCACUUUAGGUUGUUGGACUUAACUCAAGAGGGUGACCUCGGUAAAUUUCUAAAACAACCGCUGGUGCUGCAUGGGAAAAUUUCAGCAUCGACAUAUAAGCAUUCAAUUGGAGGAUCUUUAAUUACCACCAAUUGAAAUUUGCAAAAAUAUUCAUCUUUAUAU